AUAAAAGGUGCGCAGGGGGGUUAUGUGUGCAUGAAGAAUUUUAUAUGGUGAAAGUUUCUCAUGUUUACGUGAAAUAAGCCUUAUGUUUGUUCGUAAGAUCUUUUUACUGCUCCUUAAUUUUUAUAUCAUUAGUUUCGCUAACAAGUGGUGAAUUCUCAUGGCAAAUAUCACCGCCAAUGCGGCCGAAUUCAACCUCCUUUCAAGCAAUGUUCUCAGACAUUUACCUGAAUUUUACUAAAAACUUAUGCCCGAGGAUUGUUUCUUCCUUUCACCACAAGCCCAAAUUCUCAUAACAAGAGUUGAUUAUUUUUACUAGCAAGUAUCAGUCGCAAUCUACAGAGAUUCAUUUCACCUCUUGUGCGCUCAUUGUUUAUCAACCGUUUUUACAUAAAUAAUCAGUUUAUGGUGCUGUCAGUGAUCCUUCGUCAUUUUUGAAACCACCCUAAAAUGUUACCAAAUGAUCAGACUUGGGGCAACGUUGGGAGCAUUGAUGAUCGAGUCGAAUCUGUGGAAUGCGUAAGAAGUGGAGCUGGUAAGAAGAAAUCAUGGUCGGAAUUGAAACAAGUCGUUUGCGACCUGAGACGGAAGCUCUCCUCCCUCUCCACCAUGGUGCCAAGUUCCAUUUCAUUCCGGCGACUCUCAGAUGGAAGAAUCAGAAUAUUUUUUCUCAGCACACCGUUGAAUGGAUGGGAAACCACUCUUUUGUAUGCGGAUAUUCCUGAGUGUUCAAGCAACACAAAUCAACACACGCGUCUACCAUGGCAACCAGUGAUCGAGUCAAAUUUUCAAAGUAUCUCUCUUAGCAGUAAAUUCUCGCGUGAGGAGCAACUCAUGCUCGAACGCAAACGAUUAGCUACGUGGGGUAUUACCUCCUACGAACUUCAUGAAGAGUCAGGGAAACUUGUUUUUCCGGCCUCUAGCACCCUCUAUCAAUGUAUUGAUUCAGGCUACACGAAUGGCCCUUUAUUUCCAUCAGAGUUGCGUCUGAACUCAAACGGAGCUAAAUUUUUACCUCAAAUCUGUCCAUCGAAUCCUGAUCUCGUUGCUUACAUUUGUAACUAUGAUAUUUGGGUUUGCCACACACUAACAGGUCACACCCAGAGACUUACUUAUGCAAGGAAAGGUGGUCGAGGCCUAGCAGAUGAUCCUUUGGUUGCAGGAAUUCCAUCUUAUGUCAUGCAAGAAGAGUUUAAUCGCUAUCAAGGUUAUUGGUGGCAACCUUAUUCAUCAGAUGGAAUUUACCGAAUAUUGUACGAAGAAAUAGAUGAAAGUGAAGUUAAAAUUUACAGUUUUCCAUCCUCAAGUACUAACAGUUGCGGAGAAGUGGAACAGUACAGAUUUCCUAGAGCCGGCACUCCUAAUUCAAAAUCAAAUUUAAAGUUAUUAGAAUUUAGGCUUAGUGAAAGUUUGCAAAUAACGCAUAUAAAAAAUUUAGAGCUACAAUACCCUUUAUUGCAUAUGUUUCCAUGGAUGGAGUAUUUAGUACGGGCUGGUUGGACCCCGAAUAAUAAUUUGUGUUGGAUCCAAAUAUUGGAUAGAAGACAGCAGCGCUUAGAACUUGUACUUAUUUCUGUUGAAAGUUUUACAGAACCUCCUCCUAAUGUCUAUCAUAUAGAAAAUAAUGUAGCGCCCCCAUCUUCCAUAGCUCAAGUUAUCUGCGUCCAAACAUCUGAUGUGUGGAUCAACGUCCAUGAUUUGCUGUACAUAUUCCCAAUCACUGGAGACGGGAAGAUAGAUUUCAUUUGGGCAAAUGAAGAUACAGGUUUUAGACAUCUUUAUCUAAUCACAAGUCUUCUACCUUGCCGAACAAAUGGAAUUGCUGAGAGAUUGGACACGGCACAAAGCACUGUUGUCUCUCAAAUGGCCCUCACAAGCGGAAAUUGGGAAGUGAUCGGGCGUAACUUAUGGGUAGACACAGAACAUCAACUAGUGUAUUUCCUAGCUCUUCGUGAGACUCCUCUAGAAAAACACCUUUACGUAGUUUCUCUUCUUCGUCCCAACCAUGUUCGGUUACUAACGAAGCCUGGGUUUUCAUAUUCAAUAGACUUUAACUCAGACUGUACAGUCUGUGUAGCAGUAUACAGUAGCAUUACAAAACUUCCCGCCUGUCAUGUAUUCAGAGUUGCGCAUAAAGAUUCCACGGUUGAAGGAGUAGAACUAAUUCCUGUCGGCCAUUUGCUGGAGCCCUCUGUCCUUGAUGAUUCAGUUCAGUGUCCGUACAUUUUCACUCAUGAGAUUUCCUCUGGAGACUACCUUUACGCUAUGGUCUUCAAACCUCAUGAUUUUGUUCCCGGUCAAAAAUUCCCAACAGUAUUGCACGUAUAUGGAGGACCUGAAGUCCAACUUGUAUCCAACACUUUCAAAGGAAUGCGGAAUCUAAGGAUGCACAUGCUGGCGGCUCAAGGUUAUUGCGUAGUAGCAAUCGACUCUCGAGGAUCUCAACAUAGGGGACUUAGAUUUGAAAGUCAUCUUAAAGGUAGAAUGGGCACGGUGGAACUGUCUGAUCAAGUAGAAAUGCUUCAGUGGCUAGCCGAAAAUUUAGGUUACAUUGAUAUGGAUAGAGUUGCUAUUCAUGGUUGGUCAUAUGGUGGGUAUCUUACUCUGAUGGGCCUGGCUCAGUAUCCUCACAUCUUUAAAAUAGCUGUUGCUGGAGCGCCAGUGACAUCAUGGACCUUGUAUGAUACUGGCUACACUGAGCGAUACAUGGACCUUCCUCAACAUAAUGCAGUGGGAUACAAAGCAGGGUCAAUUUUGAAUUAUGUCAGUCAAUUCCCUGAUGAAGAGAAUAGGUUGCUUAUAAUUCACGGCCUAAUUGAUGAGAACGUUCAUUUCCACCAAACCUGUCAGCUUAUCAAUGCUCUCGUGAGACAAGGAAAACCGUAUCAACUACAGGUAUACCCCAAUGAACGGCAUAGUUUGAGAAGCUUAGAUGCUAGUAAACAUUACGAAACCACUCUUCUAUCUUUCCUACAAAACAAUUUGUAAUUAUCAAAAUCUUUUUAUCUAAUGCCUUUUAAAUUUUAUUUGCAGUUUUUCUCUCUAGAGCAAUAUAUCGGUUUAUUUCCCAAAAAAAUAUUAAAGUGAGAUCUAGUCCUCUCUCAAUGCACAGACUGCCGAAAGUCUGUCAGGAUCAGAUUUUACUGUGGUAUCAUCAUGUAUAUUUUAUUUUGAUUAACAAAUUUUAUGAAACCAUAACCAUGGCCCCAUGUACAGUCAACAAUCAACUGUAGUGGAGUGAUCCUCUGAAAGUGUAAAUCAAGACACAGUUUAAUCUACUUGUACAGUGUUUCCAAAAUAUUUUGAUUCAUGCAAGUCACAGUAUAUAAUUAAAAAAAAAGCUGACCAUGUUAAUUAAUUCAGGAAAUUUAUGAACACAAGAAGAAAGAGGAAUUGGUAUUAUAAUGUUCUCACUAGAGUUGAAGAUGCUCUACUAGCUAACUCGCCCCUCAUUUUUUCACCAUUGUCCCCCCCCCUUUUUUUUUUAAGCUUGAUUUUCCAGUGCUUUUUUUAAAACAAUUUUAGAUUCGUAAUGAUUUUAUGUCCACUCCUUGCAUGGACUAUGUAUUUACUUCAAUUAUGUUUUUAGUUUCCCUGCUUGUAGCAGCUAUCUAUCCGGUUUCAACAAAAUUAUGAAGUCUACUACGACUUCCUUAAAGCAGUUUUUUUAGUUCUAAGUACGUCCUUGUGUUCUGUAAAACGAGCACUUCUACCAUUUUGCCUUCCCUUUUAUGUACAUUUUUUAUUCAACCUCAAGUUUCAGAAUGCAAACCAAAACAUUUCUCUCACAAAUUAGAAAGAAAAUUUAAAGGAAAGAUUUCAUCAACUUCUAACUUUAAUUGCCUGUACAAAAUGCCAAGUGUCUUAAUUUUAAGCGCAAUGUUUAAUUUUACACCAUCACUGCCGAAACUUAGCCUUGCAGACGUACCAUUACAAAUGGAUCUUUUAUUAAACGGGAUUUUAAAUCUGUCCGCAGAUCUCGCCCUCUUAGAUCUUAAUGGACACUUUUCAAGAUUAGCUUGCAUCUUGAACACUUCCUUUCCAGUUACUUUAUUUCUUGGCUGUCUCAUAUUUUACAUAAGUAUUUUCUAGAAUAUGUAAAUCCUCACUGAAGUAGCAAUGAACGGCUUUUUGGUAAAAUCAGUGCAAGUGCAAUGAAUUCCGUUUUGCCUUUACAUCUUUCAAAUAAGCCAUUCAUUUAUCUCUUAGUAUUAAGUCAAUAGAAAAAAUGUUCUUUUUUACAUUUCUAUUUUGAAAGGGCUCUACUUUAAAUUAACAUGCAUGCUAAAUUACCAGUCAUUUACACUCAGCCUACUGCAGGUUUUUAAUUUUUUUUUUUUUCUUUUUUUUUCUUUUUCUUUAAUCAGGGCACAACUGGUCUCUCUAUUUCUAUUUCUUUUUUGUUCUAUAUCACGGCAUCAGAGGGGUAAUUCGAAUGGGAAAAUAAGAAAAAUUGUGUAGCAUGAUGGUUGAAACAAUUUUCCUGUUUAGUUUGAAUUUUUUGUGUCUAAAUUGUACGAGACUCCGUAGUGGACCAAACAGCUGUGUUUUUAUUGAAUUUUCUGAUCCCCAAAAUUCAUACAGUAUGAAAAAAAAAAAAAGAAAAUAAAUGCAGUGAAGGCGCUGAUUCCUCGUUGUUUUGACUUUGUACACUAUUCUUGCAAGUCUGUUAUUUUGCAGAGGAAAAUUUUAAUACCUGUAGCCUCGCAAUUUUUUUUUAAAGCGUUUUUUUUUUUUUUUUCAUGUACCCAGUGUGGCAUGUACUAAAGUUUUUAUAAAGGAGCAAAACGCGCAAAGACAAAAGUAAAUUUCAAUUUUGAUUUGCAGUCUAGCUUUGAAUAAAUUGAACAGCUUAUCUGAAUAAGAGUGCAAGUCCCAUGGGAUUCCUUUUUUUUGCCUCUUGCCAAGUAAGCUGCUUAAUUUACUACAAAUGUAAGUAUAAAACAUUUUAGUUGAAUUUGUCGAUCCAAUGAAAUUGGCGACGUAUUUAUUAAUAAAUAUAAUUCAAAAGAAUACAGAACUUGACAGAAAAGUGUAAUUUACCUUUCUCGGGGAAAAGAUAUCGUCCAAAAAUCGAAUUGAAAUUUAGUUUUUAGAUCUUUUUUGGUGAAAUAGGAAAUUUGUUAUGGUGCUAUUAAAAUCUUUUAUCAAGAUAUUUUCCCCUGUCUGAAUUUAUCAAUUAUUUUAUUUUAUUUAAAUUUUUUUUUUAUUAUUUUAUUUAUUUUUUGGCCUAAAUUAAUCGGAAAGCGUGCGGCUUCCCUCCAUCUAUCCUUAUACAGAGGAAACCUUUCAGCUUAUCAAAUAUUUUUCUCUCUUUAAAACUUUCUUUUAUUAUUCUCGAGGACUGGGCUCAAGACUUUAAAUUUAUAUUCUCUCAGGACCAUGACGUCCCUUGUCAGAUCCCAUUCAAUCUCAACGCAGUAUUCAGUAACUCUUUGAUAGUUCAGAUCUAUAUGUUGAAUCCAAUAAUUCGAAUCAACAGUUUUUGAGCGAUAUAAAAAGGAUAACGCUAUCUGUUUUUUUUUCUUCUUUUUUUUCAUUAUGCAUUCCAAUUAUAAAAUAUCUGAUUUGCUCCUUACUUCCUAAUUUUUGCUGUGUACAUCAGUUCCAGGAAAAAUUGAGAAGUGUACGGCUGUACAAAGCAAUAACGCCGUAGAUUCCAUUUAAAUCUCAUCAUUUAUUGCUGACAAUAUACUUUAUUAAUACUGUUGUGCUAAGAAAAAACGUCGGAUAAACAUUCAAGAGUUGCCAACUUCCUCCAACAAAAUAUUCAUUUUUAAGGAGAGUUAUGAAUAUUUCCUCUUGAAAUUUUCAGAUAGUUUAGGACUGAUUGCAUUUAAAAUUCUCUAAAAAAUUCGGAGAAAAAUAGUCACACAAUUCCCUGGAAAUUUAUAUCGUAUCAAAGGAAACUUAGCAACGUCUGAGGGCUUACACAGCGUUCUUCUUUAGCACGGCAGAAUCGAAUACUUGAUCAUCAGUGCUCAGUUUUUUUCAUUAUGAAUUCUCACUAAUAUAAACCUACCAUUCUGAAAACGUAUGGACUCAGCAGAGCAUUUUGUCAAUGGAAAAUUUGUAAAGUAUAGAAAAGAAAAGAGUUACUGUGUUUUUACUGUAGAAAGUAAAAUUAACCAGUUAAAAGAUGCGGUAAUUGACAUAAGUCUAUUAACCCCUCGAAAAUCUUGCUUGGUUGGAUUCUUCACAGUUACUCAAAGAAAACCCCUCAAUUCAGACAAUCAUAAGAAAAACAGAAGCUGCUUUGCCGUGCUAAGGAAGAAAGUCGCAUGAGCCCUCAGAUGUUGACACUUUUAAUGGAAAAUGAAUUUUCGGGGAAGUUUGUAAAUAUUUUGCCUCAAAUUUUUCAGAGAAUUUUCUUUGUUAUCAGAUCUAAAUUAUCUGAAAAUUUGAAUAGAAAAUAUCUCUAUCAUUUCUCAAAAAUGUAUAUUUUUUUGGAGGAAAUUCGGCAACUCUUGGAUGUUUAUGCAGCAUUCUUCCUUUGCACAGCAGUACUGUACUGUACUAUUCUUCGUGCUCACUGAAGAAAAAGUGAAUUCAAAGCCGAAAAAAAAAACAA